GUAGAGAGCACACACCACUCCACAUAGAUGAGAACCGAUUUACAGACCGACGCUGCGUCGAACAAACCAGAGAAUAUGGUCAGGAGCUCAACCGUCAGUGGCUUGAAUAACACACACCUAACCACCAGCGUAAGUAGUAGAUGCAUGGCGCCUUGUGCACUUGCUCUACCUGUGCGUGACCUAUCUACACUCAACAGGGUCUGACAAAGUAAUGAAUGAAUAACAUCAGCGCAAAUGGCACACUUAGUACGUGCUUGUAAUAUCAGAACAGAAAGUGUGACUUUGAAUGUAUUGUCAUUCAUGCUCUUAAGUCAAGGAAUGUUACUUUGUAGCUUAAUAUCCUUAUCGUUAUACAGCCUAUGCUAAUUCGUUGUAUUCCUCAAUCUGCUUAUAAAUUAAUAAACUAUUAGUUUAUUUUACUAUUAGUUAACGUCUUGUAAAGCAUUAUACUGUGCAUUAUCUGUUCAGAUAUGUAAUAUGUCAAUUCAAUAUUUUGGAUUUAUAAGUAGAUUUAUAUAUUAUUCCUUAUUAAUGUAUUUGAUUACUACAGUAGUGGAGAGUUCAAAAGGUAGUCGCACUCAAACCAUGAUAAGGACUAACCCUGAGGCUGAGAUGCAAAAAUUAUAUAGGCCUACUUAAUUUAAUCAAUGCUCAAAAGAAUACAAAGGGUGACAGUGAAAUGUGUUAAAAAUUAAACAUAAAAUAACUUAAUUUAAUACAUGCUUGUCUGAAACGUAAGUAUGUUCUUUUUGCGUCUCAGCCUCCUUGAGUUAUUCAUUUUCAUGGUUUGAGUGCGAAUACCUUUUGAACUCUCGGUAUAUACAGUAUUACAGUACAGUAUUGAUCAGAUGUAAUGGUUGCAGUAUGAAAAUAAUUCAUUGAACACUUUAUCAAGGUUAAAAGAUAACGGAGAUAUACAGCUGUUAUUCUGUUUUUAUGGUUGAGAGACUGCGUUGGUGUUAUAUUGUCUGGCAUACACUCAGUGGCCAGUUUAUUAGGUACAGCCAUCUAGUACCAGGUCGGACCCCCUUCCUAGCCCCCAGAACAGCCUGAAUUCUCGGUUGCAUGAAAACAUUGCUUAAAUCGGUAUCAAGGGAACUAAUGUGGGCCAGGAAAACAUUCCCCACACCAUUACACCACCACCACUAGGCAGGUUGGGGCCAUGGACUCAUGCUGCUUAUGCCAAAUCCUGACUGCCAUCAGCAUGACGCAACAGGAACCGGGAUUCGUCAAACCAGGCAAUGUUUUUCCACUCCUCAAUUGUCCAGUGUUGGCAAUCACGUGCCCAAUGGAACUGCUUCUUCUUGUUUUCAGCUGAUAGCAGUGGAACCCGGUGUGGUCGUCUGCUGCAAUAGCCCAUCUGUGACAAGGACCGACGAGUUGUUCAUUCCGAGAUGCCGUUCUGCACACCACUGUUGUACUGUGCCGUUAUUUGCCUGUUUGUGGCCAGUCUGGUAACUUGCACUAUUCUUGCCAUUCUCCUUCAACCUCUCAUCAACGAGCUGUUUUCGCCCACAGGACUUCCCGCUGACUGGAGAUUUUUUGUUUGUCACACCACUGAGUUUGGGAAAACCUGACAUAGAUUACCUCUCAUUUUCUGAGUCUCAGUCAUCUCCUGCUCCCCUUCUCUCCUCCACAGUGAGGAUGUUAAGAUGCCCAUCCAAGGCCUACUCCCUACCCUGGUCUGUCUCACCAUCUGGACCCUGUGGAGCCUGCUAAUACCUGCCCUCAGCCAUCCUCACCACAGCCUCUGCAGACUGACCCAAAAGAUUGCUCUCUGUAGUGAUAGUGAGAUCUCAUCUGUGCCGAGGGACCUACCGGACAACAUAGAGGAACUCCACCUGACCCAUAACCACAUUCAGAUGCUACAAGAUGACUCCCUCUCCCGCUACAUCUCCCUUCGCACUCUAAGCUGUGCAAAAAACCGCUUGGAGACAGUGGGGUCAAAACUCUUUCACAACUCACCUCAUCUAGAGAGCCUCAAUCUAGCUGGCAAUCAACUUCACGUUGGAUACCAGGAAACUAGCAGGGCACUGCUCACCCUGUCUAGACUCAAAGUUCUGGAUCUGUCAGAAAACCAGCUCACAAACGACAUAGCUUCGGUCCUCCUCCAGAAUAUGACUUCCCUGGAGCACCUCAACCUUUCCAGGAACCUCCUGCUGAGGCUGGACGAAAGUUCCUUCAGCGACCUCCACCAGCUCAGAGAGCUGGACCUACAGAGGAACAUGCUGUUUGAGAUCGUUGAUGCCUUUGACCACUUGCACAAGCUCCAGAGACUAAACCUGGCCUUCAACCACCUGGCCUGCCUGAUGGACUUCGACAUGACCCAGCUCGUGGUGCUCAACGCAAGCCACAACAACAUUGAGUGGUUCAUAGCCAACCAGGACCUCCAGGAAACUUUCCAGCUGGAGACCCUGGAUCUCACCAACAACAACCUCCUUUUCUUCCCCUUCCUUCCCAUCCAGAGCCGCCUGAGGAACCUCCAUCUGUCCCAGAACAGGGUGAGCUUCUACGAACACCUGGCAGACACCGCUGGCUACCCAAACUGGACCAACAGUGUCCAGUUCUUCAACCUGAGGGACAACGUGACCAAUGUCACAGCCCAGCUGUGGGACGAGAGCCUUCACGGUGACAUCUCCUCUCUAGACCUGCUGGAUCUGAGUGGAAAUCAGGUGGGCUACUUCCCCCAAGGGUUUAUCAGCAAAAUGCCUAGCCUGGUCAGGCUCAGGAUGCAGACAAACUGUCUCGAGGUUUUAAAUCUAACACUGGAAAAACUUCCAGGGACGUUGUACGAGUUGGAUGUGAGCAACAAUAGAUUGACGGAGCUCCAUGCUGACCAAGGUAGUUUAAAUGAGUUAGGAAAACUGAGCUAUCUCAACCUGAGCCAGAAUUACCUACAGAGUCUACCUCCUAGACUGUUCUCCUCUCUCACCAGCAUCAGCUCUGUGGAUAUCAGCUUUAACAGAAUUGGCAUAUGCCCCCUUGAGGAAUGGGGCGGGAACAGAGAUGGGGGUAACCAAUCAGACUGUGUUGUUUGGAGAAACAUCAUCUCUCUGAGACAGCUCCACCUAUCAGGGUGCAACCUGGGGAGACUGCCAUCGUCAGCAUUCACAGGGACACCUCUAACACACCUGGAGCUGUCUAACAACCCAGAACUCAACAUUGGGCCCAGAUCAAUAGUAGGCCUCAGCAGAACUUUACACCAUCUAGGAUUGGGAAACACAGGCCUGAGAGACUUUGACUUCUCCCCUUUCCACCACUUAAAGUCUUUGAACAUUUCCAGAAACUCUCUUACUCAGCUCCCUGCUUCACUGCAACGCCUUGAGCUGAGGCUGCUGGACCUGAGGGACAACAAUCUUAACACUGUCCCCUCAGAUCAGGCUAACACAUUAGCCUUGAAACUACAGACUGUUUUUCUUAAUGGAAACACUUUCAACUGCUGCCAGUUGGACUGGUACAGGACGUUUGAGAGGGCGAAAACGGUCAAUAUCAUCGACCUCUCAGACAUUUCAUGUCAGGAUCUGACAAAAAAUACACACAAAGUGGUGUUUUUAGACCCUUUAAUGUGUGGUGGGAGUGAGGAGGAGUCUGUAUACUGGUACAUCCUGUUGUUUAUCGUACCUGUCCUCUGCCUGGUUGGGAUUUCUGUCAUCUUCCUGCUCACCUUCAGGCCCAGACUGCUUCCCAAGGCCAUUAAAAAUAAAUGCCGGAGGCCCACGUCAUACUGACAUUUCAGUCACCUUCCCUGUGUUGUGGAAGAAAGGUCAAAUGAUUAAGACAAUGUGGUACAUUCUGUCCAAGUGUGAUGUUUUGCACAUGGGUCGUUCCAUGUCAUUUCAGCAAGUCAUGACAUCCACCAUCUCAAGAUUGUUCUGAAAUCGUUUCUGUAGUUAGAAACAGAUACGGGGUGGCAGAUAGCCUAGUGGUUUGAGCGUUGGACUAGUAACCGAGACGUUGCAAGAUCAAAUCCCAGAGCUGACAAGGUAAACAUCUGUUGUUCUUCCCCUGAAGAAGGCAGUUAACCCACUGUUCCUAGGCCAUCAUUGAAAAUAAGAAUUUUGCCUAGUUAAAUAAAGGUUAAGUAAGAUAAAGCAUUCCGGAAACAUUAUUUUGUUGAAAAAUAAUUGGAUCUCUGAGAAAUUAAGCUAAUUGAUUGCACCCAAAUUGACCACUUUAAUUUAUAGGAUUCAUUAUAAUAUUCAAUAAUUAUAGUACCAAAUUAUUUUCUAACAAUGAGUAAGACAUGAGAAAUCCUCACACCAAUCCCAACCUAGCAAAGAGUAUAUAAUAUCAGUUCUCUAUGUUUGACAGGUAGUUUGGAGUUGCGGCUCUGAGUAUUGUUUCUUCAUCCUAUGUAAUGUAUUCUCAGUGAAUUUGGUUGAAUUUGGUUGUUGUUAGUUACAAAACUAACAAAACCUUUCUCCUGAUAUUACCAUAUCCAAUGCAAGUCAAAGGUACCUAUAUUAGCAUUUUUGCACUUCAUAUCCAAAUCAUCUAUAAGUCACAUCAUUUACAUUUUUUAAUACUUUAGCAUGAUUUGGAGAUGAAGUGUAAAAAUGCUAAUAUAGGUACCAGAAUGUAGGAUGGGACAUACAGUGCCUUCAAAAAGUAUUCACAUCCUUUGACCUUUCCAAAUGUGUGAAUACUUACGUAAAUUAGAUAUUUCUGUAUUUAAUUUUCAAUACAUUUGCAAAAAUUUCUAAAACAUGUUUUCACUUUGUCAUUGUGGGGUAUUGUGUGUAGAUGGGUAAUUGUUUUAAAUAUUGAAUCCAUUUUGAAUUCAGUCACAACAAAAUGUGGAAUAAGUCAAGGGAUAUGACUACUUUCUGAAGGCACUGUAAAAAAAAAUAUCACCAAAAUCACUGAGAAUACAUUACAUAAGAUGAAGAAACAAUACUCAGAACCGCAACUCCAUACUACCUGUCAAACAUAGAGAACUGAUACUAUAUAACCAUUGAUGGGUCGGGAUUAGCGUGGGGUGUGGGGGGUCAGUGGGUGACGUUUGACCAUGUCUUUGGAUUCUUCAUGUCUUACUCAUUGUUAGAAAAAGGUUUGGUUCAAAUCAGAUGUCAGGUACUACAGUAUAUUUAUUGAAUAUUAUAUGAAUCCUAUAAAUUUAAAAUGUCCAAUUUGGGUGCAGUCAAUUAGCUUCAUUUUAAAGAGAUUAAAUUAUAUUUCAACAAAAUAAUGUUUCCGGAAUGCUUAUGUUAACUACAGAAACGAUUUCAGAACCGAUUUCGGAACAAUCUGAGAUGGUGCGUGUUGAAAUCCUCUUUCUGGUGCUUUUUGAGGAGGAACGAUAUCAAUGCAAUUCCAAGGCAGAAAUAAAAGUUUCCUUACAAAGCAAUUGAGUUUAGGUUAUUAACUAAAACAUUUAUAUUAGGAGAGAGUGGGGUAAGUUGAGCCACAGUUGUUUCUAGGAAACCAUACACAAAAUGAAUAAUUUGACCAAAUAUUUAGGAAGAUGUCAUCAUUUCAUGGACUCUGUGAAGGAAGAAAACACAUUGAAAAAGUAGUAAGCAAGUUAGAUCCAAAAAAUAGAUUUUCACCAAGUCAAAAAGAUGUAUUAUGUUAGAGGUUUCAUGAUGCUUGUAUCUUAACCAAAGUAGAUCAUUUAAAGAUGGUUCUAUACAUCAGUUUUGGUCUCUAUAGGCUUCCAUAUGAGGUGCAAACCUAACAUGAAAGUGCAUCACUGUAGCUCUGUGGGAUAAUAUAGUCAAAAUGUUUGCCUUGGGUUAAGUUGAGCUAAUGACCAUGGGGUAAGUUGAGCUAAUGACCAUGGGGUAAGUUGAGCUAAUGACCAUGGGGUAAGUUGAGCUAAUGACCAUGGGGUAAGUUGAGCUAAUGACCAUGGGGUAAGUUGAGCUAAUGACCAUGGGGUAAGUUGAGCUAAUGACCAUGGGGUAAGUUGAGCCAAGGGUAAGUUGAGCUAAUGAUCAUGGGGUAAGUUGAGCUAAUGACCAUGGGGUAAGUUGAGCUAAUGACCAUGGGGUAAGUUGAGCUAAUGACCAUGGGGUAAGUUGAGCCAAGGGUAAGUUGAGCUAAUGAUCAUGGGGUAAGUUGAGCUAAUGACCAUGGGGUAAGUUGAGCCAAGGGUAAGUUGAGCUAAUGACCAUGGGGUAAGUUGAGCCAAGGGUAAGUUGAGCUAAUGACCAUGGGGUAAGUUGAGCUAAUGACCAUGGGGUAAGUUGAGCCAAGGGUAAGUUGAGCUAAUGACCAUGGGGUAAGUUGAGCUAAUGACCAUGGGGUAAGUUGAGCCAAGGGUAAGUUGAGCUAAUGACCAUGGGGUAAGUUGAGCCAAGGGUAAGUUGAGCUAAUGACCAUGGGGUAAGUUGAGCCAAGGGUAAGUUGAGCAAAUUAAAAGUGUUUUCUUCCCAGGUCGCUUUUUAUAAUAAAAUAAAGAUAUAUAUAUAUAUUUUUUGUUGUUGCCUGUUUUGCAGGUUAUUUUGGCAUUAAUACGUGUCAGAUAUCAGUUUGCAUGUCACAUAUAAAGCUGCAUACACACAUGGUCUGCUUUUUGCUUUCGUGAGUAAGGCAGCUCCUAAAUGCAGGAUUUUGCCUAGUUUAGUGCUUUCUGUGGUGGAGGGGCAGCCAGCGGAAAAUACAGAGCAUGGGGAUUAGUAAUCUUCUCUAGUUGCGCCGUGAUUGGCUCAGUGUUCUGUCACUCACCGGUACACAAUGUCACCGAAAAAUCUACAGGGAGAGCUGGAAAGUUCAAGCCCCCUUGGGUACUGCCAUAGAUUUACAUCAGAAGUGCCCAUCCAAGAAGGCUCAAGGUCAUUGGCCACAGAUAAAAGGAUGUCAAAUCACAUUAUAUCUACCGUAGCUUUGAUUGGACUGAUCAUGUCAGCAUUAUACUUUCAAAAUCGUAGCUAGCAAGCUAGACAAGCACUCAUCAUCAUGAUUCAUAUCAACAAUCUACUGGCAAAUCCUUUCCAAUCCUUGUCAUAUGAAGAGAAAUUAUAGAAAAAAACGAAUCAGUACUUAUCAGCCAUUGGACAUAAACAUUACACAACAAGAUAAACAUUUCAAAUUCAACAAUGAGUAGUUUGCAAAACAAUCAGCUAUUGUCCUUCCCCUGCUAUUCAGUGGAGAGGGUGUGUGGUCCAAGUCUGGGUUUAAGAGUUUAUUUUCCAAGCUUAAAAGGAUUAACAUUCACAUGUAACACCAUUGGUCAGAAAAGGUUGAAUAUAUUGGCCAUGCUAUCACUACAGCAUGACUUCUGCUGCGUUCAAAACAACUGGAAAAACGGAACUGGGAAAACUACCUUAGACUGGAAAAAUACAUUGAAGUCGGGAACUCGGGCCUCUUUCUAGAGCUCAGACCUGAAGAUCACUGAUGUCAUGAUUCAACCUUGUUCUUUUUCAGAGUUCCCAGUUGUCUUGAAAGCACCAUAAAUCCAGAGAAUGGCAGACCUUGAUGGCAAAGUUUCAUGAAGAAAUUGGCACACAAAAGUCCAAAAAUGUAUUCUAUGCUGCUGCAUAAAUGAUGUAAUAUGCCAGGGAGAUAUGUAUACGGUAGCUAAGAAAGUCAUUCUAAGUGUAUGUUAUAGAGUAAGCUGUUAGUAGCCCAUUUGCCUCACCCUAAUAAUUUGGUCCCUUUCCCCCUCCUAACUUCACCUACUGUUCUGACUUAGAGGUGCCCAUGUAGCCUAUAGCCUGUUUUUAGAGAAACGUCAUCAUCAAAUUUUGUAAGAGCUUUCAUUGUCUGCUUAUAUGCCCCCUUUAUUUAUCCUACGGUUCUGACUUGAUGUACAGGGAGAAUACUGUAAGAAUGGCCCAUGUUCUGAAUUCUGUCCCUGUACAUUUUAAAAGUGCUGAACAAAUAGUUAUAUUGACCUCGUCCGUCUUAGCUCGCUCAUUCAUGACUUAAUCAAAUUUACGGAUUGCCUCUUAUCCGCUCAUCGUUCACAUAUGCCAUCGUUUGUACAUCUCAAUUGUCAGUAGAAACCACAUUUGUUUAAGUAAGUCAGCCAUAUCAGCUAUGUUUAAAAGGCAGUAAAGAAGGCUGAAUUAACUGUUUCACUGCUAGACAAGGCUCCGCUGAUAGCCAGGUGUAGCGGUGGUAAGGAUUCACUCCAUGGUGCUGAAAAGAAAGCUCUGCUGUUGGGACAGCUUUAUAUAGGCCCUAACAGUUUGUGGGCACCAUUUGUCACCGUUAUAGUGCAAUUAAUGUAUUGUUUUAGUGUUGUGCAGUUGCUAUGCUAGCAAGCACGUAAACAUUUUGUGGUUUGCCACACCAAGAUUUACAUGCUAAAAUCCCCACUGCCCAGGCGUAAUGCAAGGCAUUAUUGCUGGGAUAUGAGGUAACAACAGGGCCUGUGUUUGUUAGAUGUUAAAUUAUGCUUAAAAUUAUUAAAAGACAAAAAGUAAUUGUGAUUGUGUUGAAUUAGAUAGACAAGGUUUUAAAAAUGUAGUGGUAAUAUUUUAUUUGGUACAGAAAUGUAUAGGCGGCUUAACUUACCCUGUCCAGCGGCUCAACUUACCACAUAACUUCUGCCAAGAGACCAAUUUUUUUGGGACAAGCUGUGUUUUCAAAGCUGUAAUGUUAACAUGAGUUCUGAUUAUGUAACUCCACUCUCCUCUACAUGUGGUGAUUUCUCAUAUUGACGAAACAUAAAACAAACAUACCGUAUCCUGUUAAAAUAACCAGAUGUGAUAAAUAACUGCGUGCUAUACAUUUUUCGGAAGCCAGUCAGGAUUUCCCAUAAAUUUGCUGGACCUUUUUGCAUUGUUAUAAUCUGAUGGCGCAAUGUGUAGUUGGUUCACACAAUCCCUGCCUCUACGGGCCUAUUGCGUGCGCAUGAUGUGUGUAUGUAUGUGCAGAAGUCUUGUGAUGCAAACUGUUGCUAAAAGUGGCAGAGGAAACAUGAAAUUUCCUGUUUUGUUGAGUUGUGCAGCAAUUGCCCAGUUCUUUAUCUCAGAAAGGAGGGGUUGGCCUCCUUCGCAUUUGUGAGGCUCAGUUACAACAUUGGCCACAGGGACCGCAUCCAGUAUUCCACCAAUAUGGGUUUGAAAGAUACAAUUUUAGUAUAAAAGUGUGUUAGCAAAUGUGAAGGAUAAAGUUGUGCCAUAGUCUAUGUUGUCAGGUCAGUCCUACGUACUGAACUAAGAGCAGUUAAAGGUUAUGGAUUUCCUAAAAGUAUUGUGCUUUCACUGUGUUUAAAACUGACAAUCACUAUGCUCCGUACAAAUAAACCCUGCCUAAAGUGAAGCACCAAUCAA